AAGUUUCAACUGAUUUGGUUAAUUAGUUUUUCAUUCGCUCGGCCUACUAUAUUUCUUCCUACCGGAGCCGACGCUGCUCUCUCUCUAUCUCUCUCUCCCCGGAAGACGACGAGGGCCUGAGUAUAAUCGCCACAACUUCCUCCUCUCGGGUUGCUGGGGUUUCUUCUUCCGUGAUUCAGGGAUGUAGGAAGAAGAUAGCAGGUACAGCAGUUCCUUAAAAAUGGAAGGCUGUGACUGCAUUGAGCCACAAUGGCCCGCUGAUGAGCUUUUAGUGAAGUAUCAAUAUAUCUCUGAUUUCUUUAUUGCCCUUGCCUACUUCUCCAUUCCACUUGAGCUCAUUUAUUUCGUGAAGAAGUCUUCAUUUUUCCCAUAUAGAUGGGUGCUUAUACAGUUUGGUGCCUUCAUUGUCCUUUGUGGAGCAACCCACUUGAUAAACUUGUGGACAUUCACAAUGCACUCAAGGACACUGGCUAUAGUAAUGACUGUAGCAAAAGUUUCGACUGCGGUUGUGUCAUGUGCAACAGCCUUGAUGCUUGUUCACAUAAUUCCUGAUCUGUUAAGUGUGAAAACAAGGGAGCAUUUUCUGAGGAACAAAACAGAAGAACUUGAUAGAGAGAGGGGUCUUAUACGCACACAAGAAGAAACAGGGAGGCAUGUGAGGAUGCUCACUCAUGAAAUUCGAAGGACACUUGACAGACACAGUAUAUUGAAUACCACUCUUGUCGAACUUGGGAGGACUCUAGAUUUGGCAGAAUGUGCUUUAUGGAUGCCUUCACGGACUGGGCUCAACCUUCAGCUUUCUCAUACACUAAGCAACCCAAAUCCUGUUGGAUCUGUUGUUUCUACGAACCUUCCUAUAGUAAAUCAAGUUUUUAAUAGCAGUCGUGCAGUUAGAAUUCCACAUACAUGUCCGCUUGCAAGGUUUCAACAUCAGACAGGAAGAUAUGUACCCCCAGAGGUUGUUGCAGUCCGAGUGCCACUAUUACAUCUAUCAAAUUUCCAAAUAAAUGAUUGGCCUGAGCUGUCUGCUAAAAGUUUUGCUGUGAUGGUCUUGAUGCUACCAUCAGAUAGUGCAAGGAAAUGGCAUGUUUAUGAACUAGAGCUUGUUGAGGUAGUUGCAGAUCAGGUUGCAGUUGCUCUUUCACAUGCUGCCAUCUUGGAGGAAUCCAUGCGGGCACGAAAUCUACUCAUGGAACAGAAUGUUGCUUUAGAUUUAGCACGACGGGAGGCAGAGAUGGCCAUUCGUGCACGCAAUGAUUUUUUAGCUGUCAUGAACCAUGAGAUGCGGACUCCCAUGCAUGCAAUCAUUGCCCUCUCCUCCCUGCUUCUUGAAACUGAACUCACGCCAGAGCAACGUUUGAUGAUAGAAACCAUCUUAAAGAGUAGUAACUUGCUAGCUACACUAAUCAAUGAUGUUUUAGACCUUUCUAAGCUUGAGGAUGGCAGCUUCGAGUUAGAGGCUACAGUUUUCAAUCUUCAUGCUCUCUUCAGAGAGGUCGUAAAUUUGAUAAAGCCAAUAGCGGCUGUCAAAAAAUUGUCAGUGGUGGUGUCUCUUUCUCCGGACUUGCCAUCUUGUGUCAUCGGAGAUGAGAAACGGCUUGUACAAACUAUGCUUAAUGUUGUCGGCAAUGCUGUUAAGUUUACAAAGGAGGGUAGUAUAUCUAUUACUGCGACUAUUGCAAUGCCAGAUUCCUUGAGAGAUUCACGAGACCCAGAGUUCUACCCUGUCUUAAGCGAUGAGCAUUUCUAUUUACGAGUACAGGUUAAGGACACCGGCUGCGGAAUAAGUCCACAGGAGUUGCCUCACCUCUUCACUAAAUUUGCGCAUAGCCAGAAUGGUUCUAACAAAGGCUACACGGGCUCUGGGCUUGGGCUUGCCAUCUGCAAGAGAUUUGUGAAUCUCAUGAAAGGACGCAUUUGGCUUGAAAGUGAAGGUAUUGGCAAAGGCUGCACCACCAUUUUCAUUGUGAAGCUGGGCAUCAGUGAAGAUCCCACUCUUCGGUUUCAGCAAAAGUUAUUGCCCCCAAUCCGAGCAGGUCAAGGCGAAGCAGAUCCCUUUGGUUUAAAACCAGCUCCGAAGGAUGAGAAGAAUGCGAUCCCAUCGAAGAUUCGGCAUCAGAGAAGCUUCUAGAUUGAACCCAAAACAAGCAUUUCGAAGCCGUUGGAUCUGUGCUUGUACACUCGAAGCUAAGGUCAAAUUGAAGUGCAAAUAAAAGAAGCAGUUCUCUAUCAUUCCAGACUUCCAGAUUCCAGAGCUUGAACUAAAACUGUAAGUGAAGUAUUACAAAUUUGUUUUGGGUUUACUGAACCGUUAGAAUUCAUUAUGAGGUAGUAAUAUUGAGAGAGUUAUCAAAUCUGAAAGAGUGGUGUUCAGUAUUCACAGCUUACAUGAAGUUAUGUUGUCACUACACAAUUUAUAUGAUAAUCUUUUAUUUUCUCACAGGCCAAGGAGAUUGAUCCUGCUGAUUAAUAAACAAAAAAAAUUGAUUAGAA